AUGGCGGCAAGUGUUUCAGGAGUUGAUGAAGGGGAACGAAGAGAUGUACAAUUGUCAGAUAAAGAGACACGCGAAGUCGAUCACACAAAGCUAUCCGACAGCAGCAGAGAUCUGAAAAGGAUGAAAGAGAUAUCCGGCAGUCUUCAAGUAGAAGAUCCAGCAACAAGCCAAGAACAAAGCUUAGAGCAUGGAGGUAUUCCUCAGCGAGAACCGGAGAUCGCUUGCAUGGCACCUGCUGCUGCAGAAUGCAAUAUGGAGGUCCAAGGUCAGGAGGAAGAAUGUCAGAGAACAGGAGAAAAUGCAACAGAACAGACUCAGGAGCUUAUCAGUUGUCAGGAAAUGGAAUCUUCCAUAGGAUCGAACCAGUCGUCCAGGGCCAAUGCGACCUCCCAAGAAAAUAUCUUACCUGCAGAAGAAAUAUUGGACAGAAAUGGAAACGUUCACUGUGAUGUGCCUGAAGACAACUUUGAUAGAAAUAGAUGUAUGAACGGCGAGUGUCUUGCAGACGAAAGGGAUAGUGAGGGGACGGAAACAUGGACGGGGACGGGAAUGGAACAAGAAGGUAAUGUAUUAGGUUCCAAGAUUAUAAGGGAGGAGGCAGAAGCAGCCAUUGACGCAGAAAGAAACGAUAUUGACAAGCAAUCAGAAAGAAAUGAAGGGACUGCAGACAGUGCGAGUGCUGGUGAACUUCAACUUCACAUCAAAAAUCAGGAAGUUGAAAGUCAAGCAGAAAAUCUGGUUGGGUCAGAAACAAAGAAGAAUGACGAUGAUACUUGCUGCGAAGGUGAGAAAACAGACAUUUGCGAACGAGAAAGCAUAAUUGGAUUGCCCUCGGAUCAUAGAUCUGAUCAACCUCGUAUGGAAGUAGAGCAAGCAGCAGAGGCAGUUAGCGAGACACAAAACAUCCCUGUCGUUUCACUUCAUCAAGUGCAACAACAAGAUUCGGACGGUCUGCGCAGACAGAGCGUUACGAUAGCAACCAAAGAGGACAUCGUUGACUGCACGAGAGAUAAAUCGACUGCAGUGACUGAUGAGGCCACAAAGAACUCCCCAGCUCAUGAUCUCGUACACGGCGAUAUCGAGCCAGGCGCAGAGCAUCGUCAGCUCAUGCCAACCCUGGAGGAGGAAGAGACAAGUCGCCUUGACGGCAGGACGAGCGUAGACGGAGGGACUGGACUGAAGCUUGGGAAGGGCGUUAGAAUGUGCGGCGUGUGCGGGGAGGCGCACCAUUGGAAGAAGAAAUGCGGCGGGGGCCACAAAGAGGGAGACCUGAGCAACGAGUCAGGGGAGGUCGGGGAGGGCAGCGGCGGGAAGGCGGUCGAGAAAGGGGUGAGGAGGUGGCGUCGAGUGUGCGACUUGUGCGGGGAGGGGCACCAUUGGAAGAAGAAAUGCUGGGAGACGGCCAGAGAGUCCAAGGGCAGAGAUGAGGAGAGAGGCGUCAGGGAGGAGGGACAGACAGCCCAGGCAGCCCAGGACGAAGCAGCAAGCGAAGUUGCAUCAGACUCAGUUCAGCUCGUGCCAAGCUGGGAAGGAGACGGAGGAACGGCAAGGGCGGGAAUGAAGCGGAAGGAACGGGAGGACACAGGGGAGCAGGCGGCUGUGGGAGAGGCGAGCCGGCAGGCAACCAGCCAGGGCAGCGGCGGGAAGGCGGUCGAGAAAGGGGUGAGGAGGUGGCGUCGAGUGUGCGACUUGUGCGGGGAGGCGCAUCACUGGAAGAAGAAAUGCUGGGAGACGGCCAGGGAGUCCAAGGGCAGAGACAACGAAGAGCAGGCGGCUGGGGGAGAGGCGAGCCGGCAGGCAACCAGCCAGGGCAGCGGCGGGAAGGCGGUCGAGAAAGGGGUGAGGAGGUGGCGUCGAGUGUGCGACUUGUGCGGGGAGGGGCAUCACUGGAAGAAGAAAUGCUGGGAGACGGCCAGGGAGUCCAAGGGCAGAGACAACGAAGAGCAGGCGGCUGGGGGAGAGGCGAGCCGGCAGGCAACCAGCCAGGGCAGCGGCGGGAAGGCGGUCGAGAAAGGGGUGAGGAGGUGGCGUCGAGUGUGCGACUUGUGCGGGGAGGCGCAUCACUGGAAGAAGAAAUGCUGGGAGACGGCCAGGGAGUCCAAGGGCAGAGAUGAGGAGAGAAGCGUUAGGGAGGAGGGACAGACAGCCCAGGCAGCCCAGGACGAAGCAGCAAGCGAAGUUGCAUCGGACUUCGGACAGCUCGUGCCAAGCUGGGAAGGAGACGGAGGAACGGCAAGGGCAGGAAUGAAGCGGAAGGAACGGGAGGACACAGGGGAGCAGGCGGCUGUGGGAGAGGCGAGCCGGCAGGCAACCAGCCAGGGCAGCGGCGGGAAGGCGGCAGCCCAGGACGAAGCAGCAAGCGAUGUAGGGGCGGACUUCGGACAGCUCGUGCCAAGCUGGGAAGGAGACGGAGGAACGGCAAGGGCGGGAAUGAAGCGGAAGGAACGGGAGGACACAGGGGAGCAGGCGGCUGGGGGAGAGGCGAGCCGGCAGGCAACCAGCCAGGGCAGCGGCGGGAAGGCGGUCGAGAAAGGGGUGAGGAGGUGGCGUCGAGUGUGCGACUUGUGCGGGGAGGGGCACCAUUGGAAGAAGAAAUGCUGGGAGACGGCGAGGGAGCUUGGACGUGGUCAUCAGGGGGAGGGGAGAGGAAAAGAGACAGAGGUGGAGGUUGGUAUGAGGACUGCGAGGACGACACCAGCGUUGGCAUUGAGGAAUCCUUCGUCUAUGUCACAAGAUCUGGUUCACUUCAAGAUUCAACCAACAAACAGUGAGAAUCGAUCUCAAGUGGGUAACUUGUACUGGAAGCAUGUUGGCCAAUCCUCCUCAAUGCAUGAACCUAUGGUUGGUAAAGAUUACGUCUGUCUUUGUGACAUGUGUGGGAAUUUUCACGAUUGGAGGCAAAAGUGCAAUCAAGCAAAAACGUUCUCGUCUAACGCGGCAAACUCUCAACAAAUGCUGUUUGGUCAAGACGAUGACAGUGAAUCAAUGCCGAGAUCUCAAGAGGCCGAAGAAAUCGAACACCAGCAGGCUGCACAUGGGAACAUGGAGCUUGUAAAUGCUGCUUCAAGUUCAAACAGUACAAGUCGAGGAGCCGAAAUUGAUCUUCCUGUGGCUCCUAAUGCCAAGAAGGGAAGGUCAAAAUAUGUGUGGAAGUUGUGCGAGUUCUGCGGGGAAAGACACCAUGCAUUGAAAAAUUGCUCUGGCCAGUCGCGACUCAUCAAGGAGGCAGGAAGAAGGCGCAAGCUGUGCGGCGAGAUACAUCAUCACAGGAAGAAAUGUUUGGGCGUUCGCAACCCGGUGCGGCAACCUUCUACGGAGAGCCAAGUCACCAACAACAGACCAGAGGUCGAGGAGACAAGCGACCCGCCAGUCCCUGAUCAGAAGUCCAACGUGCUGAGAAUCAUCGGAGAGAUUCGUGAGGAAGCUCGCAUUGCCACAGCUGAAAUUGAGAGACAGGCGAAGCUGCAUAAGGAGCAGAUCCGUGCUGACUCCAUCCGGCUCAUCAAUCAACUUCGCCAAAGCAUCGGCCAGUGA